GUUGCAGUGUAUCGUUUCCGCUGUAGGAAGACAUAUUGCCUGCUGGAGCAAAUUCUGGAAAGCUUCACAAGAAAUAAGAUCCUAAACUAACGUGUAACAUCACGACUCGGCAUCAUUCGUAUCCUACAAGACACCAUGGAGCCGUCUGCUAGUCCAGCCAAAGAUAACUACAGGAUGAACCGAUACAAGAACAAGGCACUUAACCCAGAGGAGAUGAGGCGCAGGAGAGAAGAGGAAGGCAUUCAACUCAGGAAACAGAAACGAGAACAGCAGCUAUUCAAAAGGAGAAAUGUGGACGUUCUUAAUGAAGAGGAUGCUAUGUUGGAGAGUCCUCUGGUGGAUUCCUACCUAAGCUCUCAAGUCACAGAAGGAAUCAUCACAAGAGACAUGGUCGAGAUGCUUUUCUCUGAGUAUCCUGAGCUUCAGCUCUCCACAACACAAAAAUUCAGAAAGCUUCUUUCCAAAGAGCCCAACCCACCUAUUGAUGAAGUCAUAAACACACCUGGAGUGGUGGAGAGGUUUGUGGAGUUUUUAAAGAUGAGUGUCAACUGCACCCUGCAGUUUGAAGCAGCUUGGGCACUGACCAACAUUGCAUCAGGUACAUCCAUGCAGACAAAGACGGUGAUCGAAGCUGGAGCAGUGCCCAUCUUUAUAGAACUCCUAAACUCUGACUUUGAGGACGUCCAGGAGCAGGCUGUUUGGGCGCUGGGUAAUAUUGCAGGGGAUAGUGCUGUUUGCAGGGACUACGUGUUGAACUGCAGCAUCCUUCCACCCCUUUUAUCGCUUUUGACCAAAUCCACUAGACUGACCAUGACUAGAAAUGCAGUGUGGGCUCUUUCUAAUCUCUGCAGAGGAAAAAAUCCUCCACCUGCCUUUGAAAAGGUGUCUCCCUGUUUACCAGUGCUGUCCAGGCUUUUAUUUAGCAGUGACCCAGACCUGCUGGCAGACGCCUGCUGGGCUCUGUCCUACCUCUCAGACGGCCCCAAUGAUAAAAUCCAAGCUGUGAUAGACUCUGGGGUAUGCAGGCGCCUCGUAGAACUUCUCAUGCAUACUGACUAUAAGGUGGCAUCACCUGCCCUGAGAGCUGUAGGAAACAUUGUCACUGGAGAUGAUAUCCAAACACAGGUGGUGUUGAACUGCUCGGCUUUGCCCUGUCUCCUGCACCUUCUCAGCAGUGCUAAAGAGUCCAUUCGCAAAGAGGCGUGCUGGACCAUCUCCAACAUUACAGCGGGAAACCGAGCUCAAAUCCAGACAGUAAUCGAUGCAAACAUCUUUCCAGUGCUGAUUGACAUUCUACAAAAAGCCGAGUUCAGGACAAGGAAAGAAGCAGCCUGGGCCAUCACUAACGCCACCUCUGGAGGAACACCAGACCAGAUCAGAUAUCUGGUAAACCUGGGCUGCAUUAAGCCGCUGUGCGACCUACUGACAGUGAUGGACUCUAAGAUCGUACAGGUAGCUCUAAACGGUCUGGAAAAUAUCCUUCGACUGGGGGAUCAAGAGGCCAAGCAGGAAAACAACGGCAGUGGAGUCAAUCCCUACUGCAGCCUCAUUGAAGAGGCAUAUGGUCUUGACAAGAUAGAGUUCCUCCAGAGCCACGACAACCAGGAGAUCUACCAGAAGGCCUUCGAUCUAAUUGAGCACUACUUUGGGGUGGAGGAUGAAGACAGCGCUCUAGCCCCUCAGGUUGACCAAGCCAACCAACAGUUCCUUUUCCCCCAGCAAGAGGCUCCGAUGGAGGGUUUCAACCUAUAAGCGGACACCCCUCUCCUCUACAACACCACUUAAUUGUUCCCUGGGUUAAGGAGGGCCCCUGGUGUCUGAGUAGCCCACAACUUUCUGCCCGCUUUCAAGAUCUUCUUAGUUCUUAAUGACCUCCAGCGCUGAUUCAUCUGCUCCUUUUCAAUGCUUGUUAUUCUUUUUAUAAGCUUAACAGAUGGACAAAAAGGUAUUUUCCUACCCUUCCAGAGAGACAGGAUUCCACCCAGGGGCAAAGACUCUUGAUGCCUGCAGAGGUGGGACCCCUCCCCAGUCAAUCCCCAUUGUUUAGCAGUAGGACGGUUUUUGUGGGCAGGUGGGAGAAGUGUCAAAAUCAAGGAAUGGCUUCUCAUGCAUUCUGGGAAAUGUUUUGAAGACGGGACAGUGUACGGUAUUUAAAAGAUCUAGAGAGGGAUAGAGGUUUGGUUGGUGUAGUUAGAGUUCCAACUUUAUUGUGUGCUGUGUUUUGACACAAAUGUGUUUGAAUUAUGAAGUGAAAUAGCGAUGAAAUAAAGCCUGGCCUAUGGAAUUAAAGGUUUAAAGGGCCGGCAACAGCAGCAAACCAAAAUAAUUUCUACACUGACAGGCAUUCAAGGGGCUGCAGAUCUGAGUAAAAACCACUUUCUCUACUAACAAGCCCCAGGAGGAUCCAGAGGAAACAGUCAGGACUGUUUUUCUCUGAUAUUUAAACCAGGUUUCUGUCUGUUAGCUCAGCCUUCCAGAUAGAUGUGCUGGGUUUCUGCGUAGUGUUGUAUGAGCCUGCCCACAGUCACUGAUGGCAGAGAGCAGUGGGAACCAGUGGAGACUCACUGAGGCUUAUUUUCCAGACUUUGGAGCUAAAAGUAGGAAGUCUGCUGCAGGUAGUUUGGUUGGUUGUGUUAGCAGUGCUGAUGUAGUGGAGCUGCUAGUGUUUGUAUGCUGGUAAAAUGUAUUUAUUACCAUUCUGUAUCACUAUAAUCUUGAGGAAGUGGCAAUAACAGCUGUUAAUGAUUUUGCAUGGGUAUUUUGUGGCAUAUAGGUUUUGUUGUAAAUACCCAUAAUCCUUUGCCUGGUAGAGAAGUCUGUGCUCUUUCCUCAUGACUUUGUAGCUCAGAGAGUUUGGCUCUCAGACAAGAGACGAUUGCAAGGACGGAUGUAUUUUUGAUUAAAGUGUUUGACUAAAAGAUGCAUAGAACCAGCAGACACACGGAUGAGCCUCAGCAAAGAUCCUUUCAGAUGAUUUGAGCGGAGAAAUUCUUUAGUUUUCCUCUUUUUGAUUAGACUUUGAACACAGCUUGUGCCCUGCCAUAUCGUUGUUUGUAAUGAAGCACUUUAUUUAUUCAAAUGUGGCCCUUGGUUCAGUUUGAUCAGGAUCAUUCUCCAUGCUCAUCCAGACUGUCCAAUUUAAUUUCAAAGUAAUUUGAGAGCGUACAUACAGUUUUGGAAAAAUGUCGUUUGUUUCUCGUCACAUGACUUAAAGACCCUGUAAAGUGAAAUCCACCUAGAAAUGUUGGACUAUGGUUGCUGUAAAAACAUGAAAACACUGAGAUCUACAUGUGAAUGAAUUCUGGAUUUAGACUGUUAGAAAGUUUUUCAC